AUGAAGAACGACCUUGUUCCUGUCUGCUGCCUUCCACCGGAGAUUCUCGUCACCAUAUUGUCCAACGUCGCGCCACUUAUGGACUUCCGGGACGAUGUUGAUCCUACGUUCUUGGCCGUGAACCUCCCUGCCGAGCGUGGGAAGGAGGUUGACGAUAUAAUAUCGCUCAUAGCUACCUCGCAAGUUUGUCGCUAUUGGAGAAAUGUGGCUUUAAACUGUGCAUCGAUCUGGGCGAAUAUCUGGGUGGAAAAUCCCCUGUGGACGCAGGAGAUGGCGAAGCGCGUGAGAGGCGUGCCACUGGAGCUUAGCGGACCCUUUGAGGACCCUGACACGUUUCAGUCCAUCUGUUCUCUGCUGUCAUCGUCGUCACCCUAUCGGAGGUUGGGUAUCUACAUACCUGAUACUUGCAGCAUAGAUGACUUGCUUUCGCGCCCGGCACCGACGCUUGAAGCCGCAGUCAUCGAGGUUAACAGCAGCUCACACGGUCCCUUCCCCUCUCAAAUCUUUUCACAGAACGCUCCUCAUCUUCGACAUUUGCGACUCGAAGGAGAACUUAAAUACCACGAGAUCCUGCGGUCGCCCAUCAUGCGCAAUCUCAUCCAUUUAGAGCUCCGCUGCUCCGAUUAUGCUGAGCUCGUGCCAUGCCAAUCUGAAUUAUUGGAUGCCAUAGGUCAGAUGCCACACUUAGAAAACUUAUGUCUCUCCAAUGUCUUAUGUGACGAGCCGUUCCAGUUGCGCGUAUCUAGUCCUACUUCACCCCCCUCCGAUAUCGUGCAACUCCCGAACAUUUAUACUCUUGUUCUCUGCGGAUUCUCGGGGUCGUGUGCUAAUUUCGCUCAACAGAUCCGUGUCCAUCCCGAGUGUCGUUUCGAGUUUGAAGUUGACCAUAACAUUGAGUACGAGGAAGUACCACCAUCGGCAACCGUCAUCCCUCUGCUCAGCGCUAUCCCAUCCAUCUCAUCCCCCCCUAUACGAGCGCUCUUGGUGGAUAUUAGCUCCCCCUCCGUAACCUUAUGGAACCUUCCACUGCAUGUGGACAUGAUUCACACUGAUAUGAGUCACAUUCAUAACCUCACUCAAAAAGCAAUGCGGGCGGCCAUUCACUAUGUAGAUUCCGGCGGUUCUGCGCCUGGGCCCGAGUGGGACGAGCAAGAGCUCAAUCGUGAUAUCGUUACUACGAUAUGCGAGCAAUUGCAUUUGGAUCAGUUACAAGAUCUUGUGAUACAAUAUCAUUUGCCUACCUUGAAAUUCCGACUCGCUUUCUGGAUUCAGUUCCUGCGCAAUAUGCCUCGGUUGGAGAGGCUGGUGCUACAUGGAUCGCCCUCCCUCCCUGUUCUCGCUCUCGUAGCCAGUUCAUCCUGCUUCAUCUCGGGCCUUAUCACGGUCAGCUCACUGGAAGAGGAAGACCUUUCGUCCAACACAAACGGGAGUAGCAUCCCCGUAGAGCUUCCACUUCUUCCGCAUUUAUCCUCUCUCUGCCUGCGAUAUUGGCGAUUCCGUCCGGACACUCCUUUCCCCAACUGCUUCAUGGACUGCAUCUAUGCCAUCUCCUCACGUACUGUAAUCGAUAGGCAGUACGCACUACAGGAGCUCGUCCUAGUCGAUUGCGAGGUUACCGAAGCGCAGGUCAUAGUAUUGAGGGAAAUGGGCAUCGCAGAGUCCGUAACGUGGGAUGGAAAGACGACAACGAGUAUAUUACCGCAGAAUUAUGUAGAGGAGGUUUAG